ACAGAAACAGAGAAUCACAAGACAAAUUUAAAACGUGUUGUUUUCUAUCAUUACACACGAGAUAUUCCUUAAUAAUACCAAAAAAACUACAGCAUUUUUUUAAUUUAGUUUCGAGACAGACAAAACACGGAGCGACACAGAGCUGAAAUGGCGUCCAUUUCAACUAUCAUAUGAUCGGCUUGCUGCUGAGUCGCUCCGUGUGCGCAUGCCAAAUGGCGUAGUGCAUCUGUGCAUGAGCAAUCGAGAGGAAGUGGCGGGUGAUCUGGGUCCGCACCUUUUCCGGUAACACAGCACUGCCAACGCUGUAACUGAACGACUGUAGAGAGGUAGAGAGGCAAGAGCAGGGAUAACUAACCUGGGGGACCGGGGGGUUGCCGCAGUUGCAGCGCUCCGCUCCUGUGUUAUAGGGAGAGAGGAAGAGCUGAAAGUCGGAGGAAUCAAUGACCUUUUGAGCAUUCUAGACCUGGAUGACCUGGCGAAGAUACGACCGGGGGUGAUCUUAUCUGUCUGUUACAAUGAACUACUGAAUAGAAUCGUUCUUUUGAAUCCGCCGAUUGGAAUAAGGGCAAGUGGACAGCCGGCAGACAAGGAGGAAGUCGGAUUUACCACGGGCUUUUGAGAGGGCCUAAUUUCAUAAACGCAACUAUUAGGCUGUAUAUAUUUUUGUAUUUCUCUCUCUACAUUAUUAAAAACACAAAGGAAGUAAUAUUUAUGCACAGCCUACAAGAUGGGGAAAAUGCUCUCAAAGAUCUUUGGCAACAAGGAGAUGAGGAUAUUGAUGCUUGGACUUGAUGCUGCUGGCAAGACCACCAUCCUCUACAAACUGAAGCUGGGCCAGUCUGUCACCACCAUCCCAACAGUCGGCUUCAACGUCGAGACAGUCACCUACAAGAACGUGAAGUUCAACGUGUGGGACGUGGGGGGCCAGGACAAGAUCCGGCCGCUGUGGAGGCACUACUACACUGGCACUCAGGGCCUCAUCUUUGUGGUGGACUGUGCCGACAGGGACCGGAUAGACGAGGCCCGCCAGGAGCUCCACCGGAUCAUCAAUGACCGGGAGAUGCGGGAUGCCAUCAUCCUGAUCUUUGCCAAUAAGCAGGACCUGCCUGACGCCAUGAAGCCCCACGAGAUCCAGGAGAAGCUUGGCCUGACCCGGAUCAGAGAUAGGAAUUGGUACGUUCAGCCCUCGUGUGCUUCCACUGGUGAUGGACUAUACGAGGGUCUCACCUGGCUCACCUCAAAUUACAAAUCUUAAUGUUCAUCACUUUUAUGCUCAACCUGGACUGUUUAGUUACAAUAACAAGCAAAAAAAGCAAAAAGAGAAGAAGUGAAAUGAACAACAGAUGAGAAAAAAAUGACAACAUGAGUCAAUGAAUAACAUGACUUCUCAGAUGAGUAGGCCUAUAUAAAAGAGAAGUUUGACUAUAAUCCUCCAUUUUUUUCCUUUUGAUAAUGGUGAAUGAUGCCCCUAUAACCCAUGUUUUUUAUAAACAAAAUGCAAUUAUUUUGGGCUGGCUUUUCUUUCUUUUUUUUGUUCACUUUGACUCUAGUAUACUGAACUCACAGUCUAAUCACUCAAUAAUUCACAAAAUAUUAUUUUCAGAAGCUCUGAAAGAGGCAGAUUAAAUGUUUUUUUUCUCUUGUAUGAUUUAUUUCUGCGGUGGCAGGGUUCAGGGUUAGGGUGUGCUAUUUUUUGUCCCUCAGUUAUAGAUACAUUACAGACAGCCUUCUAUUCAGUUUUCAUACAGUAUUCUCAUGACCCAAUUUCCACCCAAAGGAUGGGAAAGGCCAAUGCCCCUGUGUGGACGUUACCCGCUCAUAUCUGCGCCGGAAACCAAGGGACAGAUUCAGCAUAUCAGUUCUCAUGGUUCCAAACUGCCACCAUGGUUUUUAAAGAGUUAAGAAUAUGUAUUACAGACAUGUAAGGACCUCAUGAAGAAGUACUGUUUUCACUUUUGAUUGAUUGUACAAAAUGGUGGAGAUGAUUGAGGAAAAUGUGUUUAGUACUUAAUUCCUUAAACAGUGAUUCCAUCCCAUGUCUGCUAGGGGGGUUUUCUGAGAAGACACCAUGGACACUGCGACAUGGAUGGAUAUCAUUGUAUUUUUGUUCUGUUUCGGGUCAGAAUCUGUUACCACUGAUCUCUUUUUGCCUCUAAUCUUCUAAGAGCUUCCAUUUCCAGUUGAGUAUUUGUAGUUCCGGCUGCCUUUUGGGAAGCCCUGAGUUACAGGUGCACCAACAGAAAGACAGACAGUGUGGUGGAAAGCACCCUCAUAGCUAAGUCUUCACUAGGGGUGGGAAUGACUACCCUAUCCACAAGGGGGUGGGGGGAAACACAAUACUAUAGGGCCCCUUGACUAAAAGUGCACACUGACUCUUUCUGACUGACUCUUGGGCCCAAGUAAGCAAGUGUUUACUUUUCAAUCCAACACCACUUCCAUGGUGCUCUGCUCUCCAGUAAAUGGGGCCUCCUGCUCAGUUUGUUUUAUCCAUUCACAUCAGUUGUACAGCUCUUCAUGCAGUCAGACAAGACUACAUGUUCUGUUCAUAAGUUAUAGAUAUGAAAAUGCUUUGUUUAAUUAUUUUUGUUCCAUUUGCUAUGCUGAUGAAAUAAUAAAAAUAUGUAUCCAGAUCAA